AUGAAGGCUACGGGCAUGUGCUCCCUUGAAGGCUUGCUGGUCACUUUGGGUCACGAAAUCCCUUCUCGCGAAUCUCCUUCUGUCGUCGACAAUGUCACCCACGUCCGUAUCUGCAAGGCCGCCGAGCCUGAGACAUUCGCUGCCGAGGUUCCUGUCGUCAAGAACAAUGCAUUCACGGAUGUCACCAAGCGCGAAUUGCAGUCACUCGAGCGUCCCGUCGGUUCCGAGGCCCGUGGUGCCGGAAGCUUUGCUGCGCCGGUGCUUCAUGUGAUUGACAUCGAUGAAGCAGAAAAAGUCACAGCUUCGUUGUAG